AUUCUCUGGGACAAAGUACCCCACAUCAAAUUUGUUCUUCCCUAAGGUCUUUGUAAUCCAACUUCAAAUUAAGGCAGCCAUGAAUGACUCUGAAAGCUUCAUGAAGAAGAUGGGGACUUACAUGUACAUGAAGUUUGAGAAGUAUUGGUCUGAGUAUAGUUUGAUUUUGGCAAUUGCAAUCAUCUUAGACCCUCGUUAUAAAUUGCAUUUUGUGGAUUGGGCUUACACAAAGCUUCAUGGUGUGAAUUCGGUUGAAUUUGCAAAGGUUGAUGACAAAUUGAAUGAUCUCUUUGGUGUGUACUUGGAAAAACUUUCACAUCUUGAUAAUUCAAAUAUUGCAGUGAAUUCAGUGCCUAUUCAUCAAAGAGAAUCUGUGGAUGUUAUCUUUGAGGAUUUUGAUAAUAAUUAUGAUGGUUCAAGUUCGAUUGAAAAAAAUGAAUUGCAGAAGUAUUUGGAGGAUAAAAGAAUAGAUAGAAAAGUAGACAUAGAUGUUCUUUCUUGGUGGCAAAUGGAGCGUUUUCAUUAUCCGAUACUUUCUCAGUUAGCACGAGAUGUGUUAACGAUUCCCAUUUCAACUGUUGCAUCAGAAUCUGCAUUUAGUAUUGGGGGUAGAGUACUAGAUCAGUAUCGUAGUUCAUUAUUACCAGAAACAGUUCAAGCUUUGUUGUGCACACGAGAUUGGCUAUUUGGAAAAGGAGUUUAUGCGGAAGAGAGUUCUGACGUGGAAAAUCUUACUGAAAACAUCUUCAACAUAACUCUUGAAGGCAAUAGAUCAAGCCAAAGUUCCAAUAUAAUUUCAUGAUGUUCGAUAUAAUUGAAGAUUUUGUAAAUGGAGGUGUAAACUUUUAAGAAAGAUUUACAAUCUUAAAAACAAAAACUCUUUAUCCUUGCACAUUUAAUAUUUGUAAUAGAUUAGUAGU